UCAUAUUUUUCACAAGUUACAGGCAAUUAACUAAAAACAUUUUAAUUUUCGUGUAAUAAUACUACGAAAAAUUAGUAGUCAGGAAAAAUCAUCGAAUUAAUUACAAGGAAAAUAAAAAAAACAUAUUUACGAAAAAGAAGUCAUUACUUAAGGAAUGGAUAGCCAGGCUCCAGCCGAUGGUUAUUUACUGGAAAUUGUCGACAAUAAGUGGCGCGAAGAAGAACUACCUUUCGAUCAAAUUUUAGUGCCUUCCGAUAAGUUGCCCGAUCCUGAAGCUGAUGGCGGCGAUUCCCAUUUAACACUAAGCGAACAAGAACAAAAAUGGAUUGACUUAGCCUUGGGAUCCUUGGCACCUGAAUCAUCAUUAAGUGACCAAUUAACCCUAACAACGUUCUAAAAGAAACCUGCAAGUUCAAAAA